CACACAUAUAUAUAACGUUUUCUGGUUCCCCUCUAAAAACAUGCGCCGCUUCUGUGCAGUCGCCGCCAACUCCGACGAGGCUUGAUUCUGCUCUGAAGCAGAACAAUCAGACAACUUUUUCAACUAGUCAAAAGAUCAGCAACCUUUUGAAGAAUUCAAAGGGAGUGGUCUGAAUCUUGAACUAUUUAACUGCAAGAACAUCCAUCAACUACCGUGUACUAUGUUGAAUGAACGUGCGCAAGCACUGAGCAGUGCGGGUGAUGGUUCGAUUGAUAUACUGGAAUUAUCACGAAGCAGGGACGUCAGAAUGGAGGCAAAAGAAGACCCGGAUGCCACUGAAUAUUCAAGCUCAUUCGGGGACACUACUUCUGGAAACGAAAACACUUCUGGAUUGAGUGAAACUGAAGUUGAAUCACAGUUUGUUGGGGACAGUGACCUUGUUCCUCAGUUUGAUGAAUUUGGCAGCAUGUUCCCAAGAAGAAAGAAAAAGCUGAGUGCUCACUGGAGAAACUUCAUCCAACCUCUGAUGUGGCGAUGCAAAUGGACUGAAUUAAAAAUAAAGGAACUAGAGUCACAAGCAUCGAAGUACACCAGAGAGGUUUCUAUAAAGUAUGGUAAGAAUCAUCUAGCAUUAGAUCAGGCUUUGGUCGAACAAUCAGGAUCAAAGUUGCUGCCGUUUACACAUCAAAGCCGUAGGAAAAAGCCAAUGAAGAGGAGAAAACGAAAGAGGGUUGAAGAUACAACUGAUAUUGCAUCAUAUAUGUUAAACCACAUUCUUUUCUCGGACCGUGAAAAUAAGAAGUCUGGUCCGGAUAUAGUUCCUAAAUUGGAGAACCUCGGUAAUUCAGAUCAAGCCAUGGCAGGCGUCGACGAAUUUGAAACCCAAGACACUCUAAUUACGCAAGACAGCGACAACGCCCUCGAGCAGAUCCUUCGGAGAAUUGAGUUAGUCCACAGCCGGGUUCAUAACCUGAAGUCUCAACUCGAUUCAGUGAUGUCGAAAAAUGCUCCCAAGUUUUCCUCUUCCGAGAACCUGAGCCAACUCAUGGCCUGCGACGCACAGACCAGCUCCGGUUGUAGCCCUACAUUCUCCGCUUGUAACGGAGACACCAUCUCGGCUGCAGGCCUGGAUUACGACCUUGGAGAUUUCACCAUGCCCGAUAGCUUCAUCGGCGAGGCUAUCCCGAUUCCCGAUAUCAUCGAAAGUACAGUUGGAUUACUUUCGUCCGUCGAUGUUACUCACCAUCAAGCCCAAGCUGGAGACUCAUCUGAAAAGAUCGUGGACAACAUCCUCGUCCACAAUGAGGUGGAGGCAUCGACUUUCGAGUGCAACCCCAGCCUAGCCUUUGAGAAGACUCACGAGGCCGAAAUGAGCGCGGAGGAGGAGAGCAAUAACACCAUUUUGGAGCAGCCGGCUUUAAAAUCCGGCCUGGCCUCCGGGAUUCAUUUUCCGAAGAACAAAAGAAAGCGGGGAGAGCGCAAGGCCGGCUCCGGGAAUUGGAGCCGCCAACGGCCUGGCGAACAGGAGAACUGAUUGGCCGGCCGGCCGGCGACAUAGCAAAGAGUCUGCUCACUGCUAAGGUACGAGAUAGUAUCGGCAUUUUAUGAUGAUGCUUUGCUUGCACUUAAACUGUUGAUUUGCAUGCAUGCUUGGUUCGUUUUUAGUUAUUUCCAAUGUUUCUAAAAAUAGAUUUUGUGAGAUCGAUUGGGGCUCAAUUUGUUUUAUAAUGUUGAUGUUGAUUAUUAUUAUUAUUAUUAUGGUGAUUCGAGGCUACAAAUGCCGGCCGGCCGGCCUGCCCCUAGUCGGUCCAUUUGUAUUUAUUUAUUAUUUUUUUUAUGUUGGAUUUUAGAAUUUAGUCGAUUCUAACACACUGUCGCUACUUUUAGAGUCCACGUUAGUAAAUUCUUAGACAGGCAUGCUAAUAAUUUUUUAUAUCUCACGACCAAAAACUAUCUCAA